UCUUCGUCCCGCCGAAGUAGUUUUGUUAACAAGUAAGUCACAUAAAACUGCUGUUUCCCGCAGUACGAGAACAUUGAACGUCGCAUUUUUUUUUUCCACGGAGGAGGUUUGUCCGCACUUUGAAUUCAGCUCAGAAUCUGCGGGUUGAACUUUGCUCUUGCCAGGUUGUGGCUGUCAGAGGGGGAGACGAUGGCUGAUCCUCCCGUGAUCAUAUGGGAACAAGAAGUUGGAAGACUGCUCAGUUACAUGGAUCUUAUUCCCUAUCUGGAGGACGCUUUGGGAAAGUUUUCCCGACGGGACAGCACCGAGGUGAUCCAGCCUGUGCGCACAGUGGUGCCGCUGCAGAAACACGGCGGGUUCAUGGGCCUGAUGCCCACAUACAUGGAGAACGAUGGAGUCCUGUGCACAAAGUUUGCCUGUUUCUACAAGAGGGAGAAAGGCUCCACUCUGCCAGCUGUUCAAGCUACGGUGGUCCUGUUGGAUCCAGAAUAUGGGAACAUCAAGGCUGUCAUUGAUGGGGAGGUCAUCACCAACAUGAGGACUGCAGCUGUCUCAGCCAUAUCUGCUAAGCUGUUGAUGCCUCCCGAAGCAGAGGUCCUGACAAUCCUGGGGACGGGAAAACAGGCUCUGAGUCAUUAUAAAGUCUUUACUGAAAUCUUCUCUUUUAAAGAGGUUCGAGUUUGGAGCCGGACAAAAAAGGGCGUUGAGAGGUUUGUCUGCUCAGUCGGAGGUCCAGUAAAAGGAUGCAGCUCAGCAGAGGAGGCUGUUAGGGGAGCAGAUGUUAUAGUGACAGUAACUGGAUCAACUGAACCGGUGCUGUUUGGUCAGUGGGUCAAAGCAGGAGCUCAUGUGGCAGCUGUGGGAGCCUGCAGACCAGACUGGCGAGAGCUAGACGACGUGUUAAUGAAGGCUGCUGUGGUGUAUGUGGACAGCAGAGAGGGGGCAUUGUCAGAGUCUGGUGAUGUCCUUCUUUCUGGGGCAGAGGUUUUUGCAGAACUUGGAGAUGUUAUAAAUGGAACAAAAUCUGCUCAAAGGGAGAAGACAACUGUUUUCAAGUCCCUGGGAAUGGGAGUUGAAGAUGCAGUGUCUGCUAAGCUGGUGUUUGACCAAUGGAAGCUUAAAGCCACAAAACUGCUUUGGCUAACCAUGACCCCACGGAUAAGCCAAAGAAGAUGGAUAGGAGUCUAAAAUGAAUAUGCAUAUUCAAUACUGAAAUUAAGUUGUUCCUAAUGUUGAAAUAAAUUACAAAUCAGCUGGCGUCUUUAAGUCCCAAAACCCACUGAUGUAUCUGCUUCA